AUGUCGAAGUCUGCUCCCUGCCUGACAUUCAACAAUGGGCUGAAAGUACCUGUUCUUGGUCUUGGUACAUUCAGGGUAACGAAACCUCUGUUAACCCGUUUUGAACUACUCUUUCAAAGGCGGAUCCAAACGAGGUGGGCGCUGCGGUCUCCGCUGCUCUCGAUGCCGGUUACCGACAUAUCGACUGCGCAGCCCUCUACGGCAAUGAGGAAGAGAUCGGCCAGGUUCUGACCCAGAAGUUCAAUUCUGGCGAAGUGAAACGCGAAGAGGUUUUCAUCACAACCAAGGUACUGCAAAUGCUCCUGCUUUUAUACUGUCCCGCUAGCUAUGGAACACGGCGCACCGAGUUGAAGAUGUGAGGCCGGCGUGUGAAGAGAGUCUUAAAAAGCUGGGACUUUCAUAUGUGGAUUUGUACCUCAUGCAUUGGCCGGUUGCUUUCGGGGUGAGUUAACAGACUUCUGCAGUAAUAUUUCGCCUUCUCGGCUGUGGUGCGCUCUUUCCUCAUCCUGUAAGCAGGAUAGAAUGCGUUUUUGGUGUUCUUCCCAACAGUGUUGCUUAAGGAAACUAGAUUGACUUCGUUUCCGAUUGUUGUAACGCAGGGUUAACUUUCAGGGAUUGAUUAUUGUUAUUCAGUCCGUGUAACAUAGGCAAUCUGUUUGUCACCCCAAACUCGUUGAUCACUAUAGGGAUCUGAGUUGGAUGCAUGGUGAGCCUUAGUUCAUAAUGUCCUUUCGACACUGGUGGAUUGAGUUGAGAGUGCAUUUUGACCCUUGGCGCUUCUUAAUUGCAGCAAAGUGCUUUAUCUAUUGGCCUAAGUCCACCUUUGACUAUUCAAGCCGUAUAUUUAUUAUAUUUCGGGGAAGGCACUCACUUUUUUCUAACGAAGGGCUAUAUUUAAAUGAAGUUAUGUCUUGAACAAAAAUAUGGUCGAACGCAAAUGUCGUGUUCAUUCCGACUUUGUCUUGGCAUUUGUGCGUUCGUACAUUUCCACGCCUGUUUCCACAUACGAUCGUCUAUACCUUAGAAACCGUUACUUCUAAGAGUCGCAAUAACUGGAAGGGCGAAUUCCCUCGCAACUACUUCUGCCAUUGCCAAUCGAACUUUCAUACGUGAGAUCCGCCGAAUCGUUGCUGAACUAAGUCCGAAACUGUGCGUCGAACACGAAGAAAGAAAGAAUUUUUAAAUGAUAAUUGGCUGUCGAUUUGUCUUCUUCAUAAUGCCAGUCCACAGCAGCUGUAUGCCUUACGCCCAGUCCUCCUCCCAGCGACAGCACGUAAGUCGUGCCCGUCACUGCUAGUCGAACUUUAGCACGUGAUAGCUACCGCAUUGUUGCUGUGCUAAGUCCGGCACCGUGCGAUGAGAGCGAAGUAAGUUAGCAUUUAUAAACACACUAAUCAGUGUUCAACUUUUCUCCGAAAUUGUGCAGUAUCGCGCCAGUCCACAGCAGGUGCCUGCGAUAGUCCGAAUGUUAUAUUGUAAAUUUUUGACUGGUAGUCAAAGGCGCUGCUUCCCCCUGCUGACCAUCUGCAUCCGUGCAGUGUGCGCGAAACCCGGAGAGUUUUCUGAUGUAAAUUCCUGCGGAGAGAACGGGUUCGUCGGGAAUUUAUACUGAACCGUUUAUUGCCGUCGGUAGCUUACAAAUGUUGUGUGAAGUGCAGUGUUCGCCUGUGUUGUUGUUCCUGUAUGCCCCACAAAUGGACCAUGUGGUAGGUGUGCUGGACCAGCAUGGGGGCCAUAUUGGAUCCUGGCAGGCGUUAUCGGAAUGCGCACCAUAACAAACGCCAACAUGUCGGGGGUGCGAUGGCAGACCCGGUUGCCGGCAGACGUUGCGCACACCGGGAACCCUGCGGCCCUCCCCAUUGUUGUUGUUGGCCAAAAUCCUGGUCAUUGCUGUGUGGACCAAGGGGUGUGGAGUGGAGCACCAAGGUGCGGGCGCGACCGUGCCAUCCACCUGCGCACUCCCCCGCCUCUGGUCUUCUUGACUAUGUCUUGACACCGGAUCCAGGUGGAGGAGAGAGUGCGGUAGACGCUGUGCAAAACCACUACCACUAUAAACGAAUUCACGCACAAGUCACCCUCCCUGCUCCCAACUUUCCGUGGAGCAAACGGUGGGCAUCGUCGACAACGACGGCUGGACUGUCGGUGUUGCUCUUGUUGAAACGAAUGUAGCGCACUGACAUGUUUCACGCUACACGGCGUUUAAAAAUUAAUUCUGGUAAUUCGACUCUUCAUUCAUGAUUUAACCUGUAACCUACAGGUGAGAUGGGGUCCGUUUCUAUAGAAACUAUGCACACUUGGUUCAGCGCUUCAUACAUCUGCGUCGCGCUUUUUGCCACUGAAUCACCCUUACCUUUACUUUGGAUAUUCGUUUCAAUAUAUACGUGUGCAUGGACGUCAUCCUCAUGUGUCCGGAAUACCUUAAAAAUUAAUCCUUCCUACAGAAAUGGUUAGGCGCCGUUUCUUUGGCUUACUGAAGCGGUAAGUGCCCAGCGGUUUGUUGAGAUCACAAACAGGCAAAUAUUGACUUGGCUCAAAAGGUGGGCAGGGCUGUAUUUCCUGAAUGAGAGCAGAAUAAGUCCGGAGCCGUUAUAUGUCAGUCUGUCCCCAUCUCCGUUAUCAAACGUUCUAAAUUAACCUUUAUUGACCCGAUCAUGACUGAUAGUACCUGAUUAAACUCGAAAAUCGUAUUUUUCUGUUUAGUGGUUGCGGUUGGUGUUUUCAUAACUUCUAAAUGGAUUUCAGAGUAUUGGCACGGCUUUACCCCUUUACACGAAAAGUCAAGUUGGCAGAUAUGUGUUUUCGGUAAUUCAUUCUCAGGCCAAUACAAUUACAUAGAAAUUGAAAAUAUGAGACGUUCGUAGGGAUUAUAAGUGUCUUAGGGGUUAUUAACGCCCAUCGUUCCCACGCCACCCGCAUGACGAGGUCGACGUGUUAUGGUCAUUGAGGCAAGGGGGGGGGAUGACAUGGGCUCUGAGUGAUGUUUGUAAGUCGAGUACGUGGAGUACACAUCACUGUCAUCAAGGGUUUGGGGCUACGCGCGAUAACCACAUUGGGUCGGCGUUGGCCACAGAGGGCAUAACGCCUGUGUCAACGCCUGUGACAACAUAGCACUGGAUUCGCUAGCCGUAUAGCCACUGCCUCGGCUGUAGCUAGCCUUUAAAGAAGUUUAUUGGUGUCCGAUAGACAAUCCGAAAGGCUUCUUUGGCGUCGGCUCGGUGAUUUGUAUUGACCAGAUGUACCAGAAUACAACUCGAAGUCAAUCUGUUUUCUACUCUGUCUAGCCAGGCCGGUGUGCGUUCACUUACCCUCUUUACCAGGCGUCUCGUUGUACGGCCAAUGUAUCCCGCCCCACAGGAGCAAGUAAAUGAGUAGAUGCACAUCGAUGUGGCCUGCAACGGUAGUUGGUCGUUACCUCCAAAGCAUAGGAGGUGAGAGUUUGUGAAACAUACGCGUAAAUUCGCCGCGGGGAAUGCUCUCAUGAUUGUUGUCUUUAGAGGUCGUCCUGCUAGUUCGCCUGCUGUGUCCCCUAGGAUUUCUUUUCGGCAACUGCCGCGGUAGGCUUUGCAGUGCGCCCCCAAUAUUUCGGAGGACAAAGCUCUCCGGGUAUCCGUUUUCGCGAUGUUCCGCAGCUGCUGGAGUUCUGCCUCAAUUUCAGGUGAACAGAUGCGCCGCACUCUAGCUGGCAGUCCCUGGACCAAAUUGCGUUUAAUAUCUUGGGGAACAAAACUGUGAAAAUUAAUGUACUGUCCUGUCCAGGUCUUCUUUCGGAAUACCUUGCGCUGGAUGGGUUCAUCCUCUUGUCUGUCCAGCAUGACAUCGGGGAGCGCAAGUUCGUUUCCUGCCUCAAACUCUGCAGAAGACUUUAGCGAGGGGUGCGCACUGGUAAAAUUCUGGACCAGGGCGUCGGUGUCGGCAAUAAAACCUGUGUGUCGUAUUAUAUCGCCCAUGUACUGACCGUAGAAAUCGAAGCCGCUAAUAAUAUCUUAGACAGCUGUAGGGUGUGGGACCCCAACUAACUUUAGGUAGCCUGUGGACCGUGUCAUACAUUGAAUGGUAGUAAAGGGGGUUUACGAGUGGGACAGCACGCGGGACGAAGAGUAGGCGGAAUGCAAGAAGACACAGAAGAUGAAUUUCUGCCGAAAGUCUUGUCGUAUGCUGUCAUAUGGCCAAGAAAACGCGUGCGGUAACUAAAAAAUAGCCGAAAAAACAAUUUUCAAAAAGUUACGGAUUUUGAAUAAACCCCCGCUGGCAGGCUUACAUUCAGUCAGGAAGCCAGGGAAAUUUCAACCAAUAGGAACAGUGAAUAAUAAGUAAUGUUUGCAGUCACACGGAACUUUAGUGUACAUGUUGGAGUUGCCAGCUGCGUGGGGUCCUACACCCUACCGUUACCAGAGAUGGGUGGUAAUUAUGUCAGGACAGGAGGCAGCUGGACAGAAAAUAAUUAAAUUUUCCUCGGACGUUUUGUCUUCCGCUGUCGUAUGGCGACGAAAUUAAGCGUGCUAAUUGAAAAAAUAAGCAAAAAGCAAUUUUCAAAAAAUUGCGGAUUUUGAAUAAACCGCCGCUGGCACGCCUAAAUUCAGUCAGGAAGCCAGGGAAAUUUCAACCAAUAAGAACGGUGAAUAAUGAGUGAUGUUGGCAGUCACAUGGAACUUUAGUAUACAUGUUGGAGUUGCCAACUACGUGGUGUCUUACACCCUGCCGUUACCAGAGAUCUAAAUGGGGAGGGGGGGGGGUAAUUACGUCAGGACAGAAGGCAGCCGGACAGAAAAUAAUUUCAUUUUCGUCGGACGUUUUGUCGUACACUGUCGCGUGGCGCCGAAAUUAAGCGUGGUAAUUAAAAAAAUAAGCAAAAAGCAAUUUUCAAAAAGUUACGGAUUUUGAAUAAACCGCCGCUGGCACGCCUAAAUUCAGUCAGGAAGCCAGGGAAAUUUCAACCAAUAAGAACGGUGAAUAAUGAGUGAUGCUGGCAGUCACACGGAACUUUAAUAUACAUGUUAGGGUUGCCAGCUACGUGGGGUCCAACACCCUACCGUUACCGUAUCUUACAGCCUCGUCUUCCCGACUUUGCCCAUGAAAACAUCUGCGAGGAACGGACCAAGCCGUGAGCCCAUCGCCACGCUGUCUAUUUGCCAGCAUAGUUGACUAUUGCAGAGAAUCUGAACAGUUUGUGUGCAGCGUGUCAGCAGUUCUUUUAACAUUUACACCGGCACGCCUUACGGGUAGUUCGUAUCGCGGUUAACGUCAUAGAAGUAGUUUACCGUUUCUGCCACAGUACGUUAGUAAACAGUGAUGAUACAUCUAAAGAUAACAUUCUCCAUCCGUCAUUGUUAAUAUUCUUGACAGCUUCGACAAACUCAAAGGAGUCCUUCAUACUUCGAAGGUGCAAGUGACUUUGCAGCGGUUUUACUUUUUCCACCAACCAUUUUGUAAUGGUGUGAUAGGGCAGAGUCCCCAUAUCCAAGAUUGGACGUAGGGGUAGCCCGUGUUUACAUGAGUUUGACUGUUGCUCAGACUGUUUCAAGUUGACUUUUUAACGCGGUUUUUGGUUUCCGUUCUCUGCAGCCAGGCAAGGAGUUCUUCCCCGAUGAUGCCACCGGCAAGCGGAUCUUCGAUUACACCCCCAUUGAAAACACCUGGAAGGUAGGUUUCUAGGUAAACUGUUUGACCUAAACCGUUGCCUUACUGACAUGCCAGCCACCAUUACUUACUAGCAGUUGGCAGGAAGAAGACGAAGACUGCUCUAACUUUUUGACGCCCAGAAGAAGCAUGGAGUUUGCUUCCACAGAAUCUACUGGGGCACUGUCGACCCGCUGGCAGUGAGUUCGUCGGUCUACGUUAUAAAGGAACUAAUUUCCAACCGUUCUUUUUCUACUACCUGCGCCAAGUGUGUCAAGUCGGACUGCGUUAGCUUUCAUUAGCAUUCGCCUGCUUGUGUCCAUGUUGAAUUUGGCUUGGUUAUGUGGACAUCCAUGAAUAUUGGAGACAUGCCAUCACAAUUACCUUUGGUCGUACACCGUUGAUACCGACAUUCACACUGCCGCAGAUGUGGAUCGUAUUUCGUGAGACAAUCACUUGGUUGAAUGACAUGGUCGCCAAUGCGCCUUAAUUGCCCAAACCCAGCACGAUUUGCUACAAGUUUUUGCCACUAGUACUCUUCGGAUUUUUGAAUUUUUCUGGAGAUAGUCGUGGUACUUUCCUUCCUAGCCUUCCAACUUGCCAUCCCAAAAUAAUCCGUCGCCCUGGGUAAUUUGCAGAAAAUUCGAUUUGGAGGAUCUAUCAGUAUGAAUAACAAGGGUUUCUCCACUCACAGUGCCCUGCAACUGCUGUUUUAGGAAAGCUUUCAUGGUUCUCACUUCGGCCUCUCAAGUACUGCUAAUGUUCUGCCAAACCUGACGUGCGCAUAUUUUGCGUUCUAAUGCACGUACGCUACCUCAGAUGUCGAGCGCCUACUUUGUACCUGGGUUCAAAGGCCACCCUUCGUAGUUGACACUUACAUUCUUCCAGUAUGAUUAAACACUGGGUUACCGCGUUGGUUUGUUUUUGGGGGGUUGCAUUAAAAGAUUCACGGUAUGUAGGCAUGUUACUAAUAACCUCUAUGCAUACUUAAAGUUGCCGCUACCACCUGUUUUUCAUUACACGACUCUGCAAUUCCAUUGUCCCGCCCAUGACCGUCACAUAGUCACAGAACGAAUGAAAUAUUUACGAUUUUUUUUCUCGGCAUUAAGCAUUUUAUAAAUCCUUAACUAUCUCCUUCCCUCGUGUGCAGGAAAUGGAGUCGCUGGUUGAUGCUGGGUUGGCAAAGUCCAUUGGUAUAUCGAAUUUCAACAAGUCUCAGAUUGAACGCAUCCUCAAGAUCUGCCGCAUUAAGCCGGUGAUGCUGCAAGUUGAGAUAAGCGUGAACUUUCUGAACGAAAAGCUGGUUCAAUACGCCAAGUCUGUCGGUCUCCAGGUGACGGCUUAUGCUCCUUUCGGGUCGCCUUCCUUGAUGACGUAAGCAUUUCCUCAUUUGCUCAGCUUUGGUCGAGCUGAUUAACUUUCUGCCUCUCUGUUGAGGUGUGGACAAUUGUUGUAUAUCCGUUAGGGCGCUUUAUUUCGGUCCUUUGUAAUCUUCAUUAUUUCUCAAGUUGCCCGCUAUUCCCCUACCCAUGCUUCUCUCUUUAUUUUUCCCAUCAGUAACACCAUUUUACGUCCCCUCCUCAUCAUCCUCCCCCUCAUCAUCAUCAUAGCCAUCAUCAUCAUCAUCAUCAUCAUCAUCAUCAUCAUCAUCAUCAUCAUCAUCAUCAUCAUCAUCAUCAUCAUCAUCAUCAUCAUCAUCAUCAUCAUCAUCAUCAUCAUCAUCAUCAUCAUCAUCAUCAUCAUCAUCAUCAUCAUCAUCACCACCACCACCACCACCACCACCAUCAUCAUCAUCAUCAUCGUCUUCGUCUGCGACAACAACUCGAAUUUAAGUACUGGCUCUGAAUGCGGUUAUGCUAAGUUCUUAUUACAUGGAAUCUCCAUUGUUACAGGUCAUCACCGUCUCAUAAUUCAUUUCUCUAGGCCAGCAAGUGCGAAUUUAGGCAUCCCCAUUCCAAAUCUCCCAGUGUUUCUGUAAAUCCUACGAAUUUGGUGCUGUCUUAGGUGUCUUUAAACGAGUUCAGACACCUGUCAAUAACAUUUCUAAUUGCAUUUCUUAUUGUCUCGAAUCCACCGCCUACGCUUACUGGCAUGUAUUUAUGCAAUUUUUGUCACUUGGGAUAUUAUUUCUUUUACUGCACUCUACACGACUACUAUACUACUGCUCGUACCGUUAACACUCGAGGCAGUUCGUCUAUCCGUACAGAGUUGACGCUUUUCCGCUUAUUUGUUACCUUUAUGAUACCUUUUCCAAUUUUCGAGAUGUAUAAGUUGCUUAUAAACAAACAGGGAGUUCAAAGGUGAAGACCUGCAUUUCUCUCAAAGAAAACUGAAACUGAAAAAUGUUUAAUGUAAGGAAGGGUUCGCCAAGUGUUUGGUGCGGAUGUCCGAUUCGGCUUACCUGGUUCCUUUCUCUUCGACUCUUUCUGCCUCAUGCACCGGCGUACGCAAUCUCUAGAGUAUCCAUUCUUCGAAAACAGUUCACAUAAUAAAUUUAGUUCAAUUCGGUAGCCUUCUUCGUCAGAGCAAUGUGUCUUUGCGCGAGUAAACAGACUGUUGACAGCACUCCGCUUGUGAAAUAUUGGCUGACUGCUCUCUUAAGGGCUCCACAACACUAUAAACUGAACAAUUCCGGGGGCUACAUUCACACCCGAAAAGGAACUCGAUAGAAAACACCCGUUUCUGGAAGUUCUCGUACAACGGAAAACCGACGGCAUACCACGCACAUUGGUUUACCGAGAGGACGCUUAUGCGAAAGUCAUUCUACCUUAUGAGAGCAAUCUGCCAAUCUCUCGCGAACUAAGUGCUGUCAACAGCCUGCUUAAUCGAGCAAAAAGUCACUACCCUUACAAAGAAGGCCAUCGAGUUGAACUAAAUUUCUUGUAGCGUUAGAAAUACCUUUUUCCUUGAGUUGUUGGUCUCCCAGGUGUUGAUGUAUAAAGUCAUGCGGGUACCAAUUUUGGGAAAAUAGUUUGUAGAAGUAUUUCGUCUUUGCUUGAUGACUUGUUUGAUCAUGGCAGUGAGUUUUUGAUCGAUUCCGAAGGCUGCAGACUGUACCCCGUUUGUGAAAGACCUCAAAGUGUAGGAUGACCUCUGAAUAUGCCCCUUUGCGAUAAACUGAUGUAUGAAGUGAUCCAUCAGUCUUUCGACGUAGGAGGACAUCCAGGAAUGGAAGUUCUUCAUCACUUUCCGUUUCGAAAGUCAGCUUGAUUCCUGGAAAUAUAGAGUUAACAUUGAUAUGGAACAGAUUUACUUGAUUUUUCGUGACAAUGACAAAAGUGUCAUCUACGUAGCGUAGCCAGAGUUUUGGGUUAACUGCGGGAAAAGCCAUGGUUUCCAAUUUCUGCACUACGGCCUCUGCGAGAAAACCGGAUAUGAGUGAAUCCAUGGGAGCGCCUUUUAAUUGCCGGUAGCAUUGUUUGGAUAGGGAAAAGUUCGUUUUCAAAUAGAGGCGCCGGCAGGUACCUCAGAAAUGUAUGUUUUAAGGAGCUCUUUGGUUCAGCUACUCGAUAAAUCUAGCGGAAUAGAGGUGAAGAGCGAAACCAAAUCGAAUGAUACCAUUAUCUCGUCACAUGUAACGCUGACUCCUUUUAAUUGGUCUAGAAACUCUUCGUAAUCCUCAUUGGAGUUUUCGGAGUUCUUCAUAAGUGGAUGUAGUUGGGAAAAUAGCCACUUUGAGAUCUUAUAGUUGGAUGUUCCGAUUAGGGAGACUAUCGAUCGUAGCAGAAUGUCAGUUUUGUUGACCUUAGGAAGACUAUAUAUCUUAGCAAUUGUUGGCUCAUCCUGCUUUAAAGACUUGGCAAUAACUACCGAGAUUAAGUCCCUUCCUGUAAGGCGUUUCCGUGUUUUUUUUUCAGUGCAUGAGUUCUGCGAUUUUAUGGGGUUGGUAGCUAGAGGUCCGUAUGUUGAAUCAUGUUAUGGAGAGUGUAAGCCAGCUCGAAGUCAAGGCGAAAGGCUAAAGGAAGACUCGACCACGCACUGAACAGAGAACCAAGCCCGGCGGCGUGAGACACGCGUGAAGUUAGACGGCCGACCGACGUGCACAGCAGCGCCAAGCGCGUGUGGUGGCUUUGCUCACGCCUGCGGCCCAAUCAUUGGCCGGUCGAACAUUCCAGACUUUUCGGCGGAGCGAGGGGGGGGGGAAUCUCGGACACGCGAUGGCCAAUCCUCAACCGGCACGCCAUAGGCAAGAACGUACGAGAACGCCCUCAACGGCUGGGCAGAAUGUACCAGAACUCACAGGGGCCGGCAUAAAUAAGGCGUCUUGCGAAGAGUUGUAAACCCUUCGUGUUCGCAGGCUGUCUGUGUAGUUCCUUCCUCCGAACCCACACUGUUCCACCUUCCUUUCGGGUCAUAACAAGUCCUAAUCUAAGAGUGACAUCAUUUUCUCUGUGUAGUCCGUUUUGUUCAGAAUGUGGGUGGCACCUCCUUUGUCGGCAGGUAGAAUGAUGCGGUCUUUGCCUUAUUUUAGUGCUUUCGUUUCAUCGUAAGAUAACGUUGAGAACAUGUUGCGGUUCUUCAGGGCCGGUACAGUGCGGUUGCGAAUGGUGAAUUGCUCCUCUUUUGUAAGAUUUGUUGAUGAUAUGAUUAAACCGAAGCUGGCAAGGAAGUCCAGGUAAUUGGAGUCGGAGGGAUUGUACUCCAUUCCUUUGCACAGCACGUUUUCCUUAGUUGCCGUUAGGACCCUCGAGGGUAGGUUUACGGCUUUCUUUGGAUAUGUAGAACUAUCACAACCUUUACGAGAGAUUAUCGUCCACUUUUUGUCAAGGCUGCUCUUCAUUUUUAGCGGUUCUAAUUGGGAGAUCUAAAAUACGUGAGCAGGCAGUCGAUCUUGGCAAAAUUGCAUUUGCUGCUAUUUUUGUGUAUGUGGUGCGAUGAAUUCACAAGCGACCGAUCAAAUCGAUGCGUGAUGUCAAGGUGCGUGAGUUAGGGAAGGUUGCGGCUCGGCUGGGCGUAGGUUCACGCCGUGCGAACCGCCUUCGCCAGAUCCUGCUUCUGAUUUUGUAGACUUUUUCUUUACAUCAGACCCACAUAGGCGAGGAGGAGUGUGGUAGGUGCAUCACUAUAUCACUAUCACUAUAAAUAAAUUCACGUACGAGUCACCGUUCCUGUAUCCGCUUCAUUAUCGGACGUGUUGUGGGCAUCGUCGGAAACGACGGUCAAACCGUCAUGUUGUGGGAGGACCACGGACUACCACCCUUUGUAAUUAAAUGAUCUAUGCAGUGACCUUUCAGUCUUACGUUUUAUAAGAAUAUCUGGAAAUGGAAGCCUUCUGUUAACCUCCGUUUCAAAAAUAACCUUAAUCGACUAUAUGCCCCGACCACCAGAUCGGCUCCUUCGCCACUCACCGAGCCCUACGUGAAGGCGAUAGCCGACGCGCAUGGCAAAACACCCGCCCAAGUUCUCAUUCGUCAUGCUAUUCAACGCGGCAUCUGUAUCAUUCCCAAGAGCUCUAAUCCCGAACGGAUCCGCUCUAACUUCCAGGCAAGCAGGCAGCUUCUUUUAUCUGUUCAAUGUUUGUUUCAUACAUGUCCUUAGUGUUAUGACCCUCUCGUGAGGGAGGAUAGCACUACAUUUCCAACUUGUGAUGCAAAGGAGUCAAAUAAGGCAUUCAUUUGUUUUCUACUGAAGAAAACCCCCUUCAUAUUAGGUUUCUAUCUCUUAUGACAAGUUUGCUUCUAACCAGUCAUAUUUCUACGCCCCCUACUUCCAAUGAGGCCGCCGAGCAAUGGUUCACUUCCAUUGGCACUCCCGAUCGAUAGUUCAUAUUAGGGGCGCGUCUACGACCGAUUAUUUUGCCAGAGCGUCUCUAAAGUUCUCCGUUAGUAACACUGCGUUGCACAUUUGAGAAUUUUGAAUAUACCGGCGGAUGGAGCUCAGAUAUGCGGCCUUAGUUCAGGCGGCUUUCUAAACCGCGCUACUGAUUGUGCGACAGUCGAGGUUCACUCCGUGAAUAUCCCUGCUAACUUGGGUUUUCUCGUUGCGCUAUGUAGCAGGAUGCCACCUCCUGUAGUCUUUGCCAACUGUGACAAAUGAAAUCACUCAGCGCAAUGAGAAUCGGUGUGAUGUUGAAUGACUGUCGCACAGCUCCAGUACAGUACUUGGGGACAAACAACCAUGUUAGAAUACCGAAACAAGGUGACAGUUCGGCCAUCGAUUUGUGACCUCUUAUUCAACUGCGUACGGUCAUUGCAUAUUUAUAAGGUAAACUGUCCAAUCAGAAAUCGACUAAGAGGAACGAAACCUGAUAGGUAAGUAGAACAUACUGUUGGUCUGAUAUAGGAGUGAGCAUGACGAGAGGGAAGGGGGGAGAAAGCCAUCUAAGCCAGUGAGUUUGGAUUACAGUGAAAACCUGUCGAUCGUGAUUGAAACUGCAGCCCGCGGGACAGUAACCAGUCAAUUAUGGAUCCUUACUAUGGCAGCGCGAGGUUGGUCACGUGAUCCGGCAGCUUACAGAGGUCUGGUUUUCCCCUCCGUAUUGCAGCGGCCCCGGUAAAGCGCAGGAUACGCCCAGUCGUCGCCCGAAGUAAGACCUUAAAUGCGGUCAUUGGGUCCGCCGUAUGGCCCGUGUUCACUAGGUGUUUCGUAAUUGAGCUCCUUGGUACCUUAUUUUCCGCCUUAAGUAGCAACUUCGGUAUGUCUUCAGCUGACCGAGCUGCCAACUGCCCUUGCGUGUGCCCAAUGUACUUGCAUCCGCAACUACAUGUGAACUCAUAAAUACAGUUUGAUGCGGCGUGCAUAGGCAGAAUGUCUUUAGCUGGUCUAACUGGAAUAGCUGUUGUAGUGCUUAUGAACAACAAUUUAGAGGCGGUAUACGUCCGUUCAAUCGCACAUCGGACUCGUUGCUUGAUGUCACUGAAUACACUGGACACUAUCACCAUUGAAAUGGAGGUAGACUCUCAUCGGCUUUUGGCACGGAUAUUUCCGCGGGACUUCCUUAUCUGGGAUGGCGAUACUUAUGGAUGAAUUUCUCCGGAUACCCGUUUCCAAGACAAACGUUCCUUAGGAAUCUGAAUUUUUCAUCGAUCGUAUCUGAGGCACAGGUUUUAGUGGCUCCAUUCUCCGAAUUGGAACGAAACUGAGGGGGUGCGUAUACUAUCCUUUCCGGGUGGUUCUUCGAUAGAUUGAUCUCUGAAUGAAACUAUCUACCCGCCUACGUACAAGAACGUCUAAGAAAGACAGCGUGUUGUCCUCCUCAUGCUCUAUCGUAAAUUCGAUUUUUGCAUGUGCUUUGUUCACAGCCUUAAGUGGUAAUUCUCCAUCGCUUGGGUUUUUGACUACGGCGAAAAUGCCAUCCACUCAUCGCCUAUAGAACGCGCUUCGCUGUAAGUUUUAAGCGAAUUUCCGCUCGAGAUUUGACAUGAGCAGGUUUUUACUGUAAUCUGAACUCGCACGCUUAGAUGAGUUCCCUCCCCCUUCCCAUUAUACGCACCCGUAUUUCAGACCAACAGUUUAUGUUGUAUCUACCUAUCAGGUUUUAUCCCUCUGAUUGAACAGUGAUCACCGUAUGCAGUUGAAGAGGUCACAAUAUGCUGUGACGUCACUAACUCCUGCAUGUUUCGUCGCCUUUGUCUUGUUCAAAUUUAUCCCGGGAGAACAGUGCUUCAGUACCGAAACAGUCAAACCCCCUGAACUCUCUUAAUGACAUCCUUUCUUCCAAUCUUACCCUUCCAAUCUCUCUAGAUUUUUCAACUAUUCUUACCUGGACAUUGCAGGUCUUUGACUUUGAACUGACCGAUCAAGAGAUGAAAACUCUCAACACCAGUGGAAGACAGUGCAGACUCUUCACUGUGCUGUCGUAAGUUUUUGUGGUGGAUCUAAUCGAAUGCAUUUUCCCCCCUCUCUCCCUCUCUCACUCACCCAAUCUCUUUUUUCAUCAAUUUUCUAGAAUGAAACCUCAUCCGGAGUACCCUUUCAACGAUGAAUACUAG